UUUGCCACGUGCGGUUCCACAAUCGUGGACCUCAGGUCCGUUAGGGUUCUGUUUUCGCUCUGGCUCGCAACCCGCGCGGCUGUACCCAAAAUAUUGGCGCGCAUCGACGAAUUCGAAAAUGGAAGGAUAAAAACUUAUCGCGCUCGAUCUUUCUUUGCCUUCUCCGUGGCAGCCAAUUGACACCUUCGGCUCGCUCCUCCUUUGCGGCGUGCGUUCGGAUUUUUGGAUCUCAGGAUUUGAUUUCUCGUAUAGCACUGGAAUCACUGGAAUCAGUGGUGAAGCAUACUUGUAUUUCUAAGUUAGAUUUGCAUUCUAUCACUUGUAAGCCAUGGCGUUCAAGCAAAAACAGAAAGUGAAAGUGAAGACAAACAAAAACAAGUACCUAAAACCUGGUGCACUUGCACAAAUGCGUUCCAACAAGAUGUCAAACAAGUUGUGUACUGACAUAGGAAAGAAGAGGAUUGUACUGGAGACAGAGAUGGCGAAGAUUAAUCUACUUACUCGGGUUGAUGUUAUUCAAAGUGAUGCGCUAAUGACCUCUCCAAACAGAGUUCUAUCUGAGUCAAUGGUAACUGAAGUUAAACUGCGAAAACUUCCAGCAACACCUAAAACACCACAAAGUGUUGAAUUUGAAAGCAAAUCAAGGCUUGAAUCUCUUCCUAUGGAUAUCCUGAUCAAAAUCCUUUGCCACUUGCAUCAUGAUCAACUAAGAGCUGUUUUCCAUGUUUCCCGUCGAAUUCGAGCUGCGGUUAUUGCAGCCAGACAGUAUCACUUCAACUACACAACUCCAGACAGGUCACGGCAGGAAAUGCUUAACGCCAAGACUCCAGUGCCAACUGAACAUUGGCCCUUCGCAAACAAGGCUGAAGGGAAAAGAAUUUGGGGAUCCAUCCCACAUACACCAAAAGCUCCAAAACAUGGCGGCCCACGAUCUCGCCUUCACCUGCUGGACAUAAAGCAGAUUGCAGCUGUUCUAUUCCCAGAGUCCACAUUACCUCAACCAAACAUAGCGUCACCAGGCUUGCCAAAGCCUGUUCUCGAGCCUGUAUCUUCUACAAGGGUUCUCUUCUGUGAGGAUGAGCUCUGUCAGGCAGUGGCCCAGAAUAAGCUUCGUUGAAGUUGCAUGAUUCAUGUUCAUGUCUUUUUUGUUUUUUUUGGUUAUAGGUCCUUCACAUGUUAUGUAUAUUUUCUUCACACAUA